UUAACCUCCUCUUUAGAAUAUGUUCCGAAAGAUUUAGUCUUCGUUUGUACUCAAAUGUGUUUCGUUAAAUUACGUGAGUCAUUAAUUUAAUUGGACUAUAAUUCAUUGAAAAUAUACGUAUAUAUAUAUAUAUAUAUAUCUAAUUGAAAAGUAUAUGUGUACGAUUAAUGAUAAAAAAAAAGUAUAAUUAAAUAUCUGUGAUAACAAUGACAUACUUAAAUUCGUGGGAGGAAUUUGAAAAGGGUGCGGAGAGGUUAUAUCUUCAAAAUCCAAUGAAAGCCAGAUAUUCAAUGAAAUAUUGCCAUAAUAAAGGUGUUUUAUGGCUGAAACUUACAGACAAUUGUACAUGUCUACAAUAUAAGACAGAAAUAGCACAAGAUUUGAAGAAAAUGGAAAAAUUUAUAGGAAAUCUUAUGAGGCAUAUGGCAUCGAAAGACAGUUGAAGAGUGAAAGAGGAAGUACACAAUGCAAUAGAGAUUAUUAAUAAAGCUAAAUUCAGAUAGAGAGUAAGCAUGAAGCAAGCACUUACGAUAUAAUUGGCUGAAGAACAGCAUCCAGAGUAGUGUCAACAGGAGGGUAGAUGUCUUGAUUCGAAGAUAGUUCGUAGUGCACCUCUCCCCCUAAUUGCAAUUGCGUCUAUACCAAAGAAAACUAUUUUACUAUAUCUACUACAAAAGGUAUAAAGAUGAAAUAUCUGAACGUCUACGUGGUAAUAUUAGUAUUAACAUUAUGGAAUGAUUAUAAUGAAAAGUAAGUAGCGAAGCUAGAAAAAAAUGUGUUUUCCUUUUUUUUUCUUCUUUUUUUUUUUUUUUUUUUUUUUUUUUUUUUUUG